ACUCGGAACUGUAAUUGUAUGAAGGUUAGCCGCUGUUCAGAUUCCCCACUCCUGUAGUUCGGAGUUGUUUAUAAUCUAAACGGGAUUCCGCCAAUUUUGUGUAAUGAAAUAUCGCGAAAUCAAGUACGAACGUGCAUAUUAUCAUUAGAGUAGCUUCAAGGUCAUUUUAAAUUAGUCGGGAUAUAGCUAUAUGUAUUCUAUUUGGAAGUUGGGUAGUUGGUAAACUCGAAAAUGCAUGUUUUAAAAUCAUGAAACUAUAUCAGUAUUAAUUGAUUAUUUUUAACUUAAUAUUAAACAACUGUACAUGUAUUUGUAUACAUGUAUUGUAACUGUAUUUUCAAAACAAAAUGUAUUGAACAUUAGAACCAGUGUAAAUAUUUUCAAUUAAACUUAGUUAUUUAAACAAAAUUUAUCUUAGUAGUCAUUUCAUAAUGUCACAGCAAUGGGUCGUAUAUCAUCAUAACUUAUAUAAUUAUUCAACCAUAUUUUUAAGUUUAUUGUGUGUCUAUUGUAUUUUUACAUACGUAUAUGUGAACGCAAACUUUAACGACUAUCAAAAAACUUAUUAUAUUUUACAAUGGACUUCAAAUCUAACGCCACCGCUCCGUUACAUGGGCAUAGGAUCAAGUAAGUUUAUUGAAUUGAACUGCCCAUAUCAAAACUGUUACGUUACUCACAACAAGACUUUUUUAAGUGAUACUGAAGAUUUCGAUGCAAUAGUGUUUAAUGGCAAGUGCGACUUAACGUCGAAAAAGGAUUAUUUGCCCCGAAAAAGAUCGCUCUCACAAAAGUUUGUUUUUGCAAUGACGGAACCGGUUGCUAUGUUUAUUUAUUGCGAUAAAAUCUUGGAGAACUUAUUUGACUGGACGUGGACUUAUAAACUUACUUCAGACAUUCGAUGGUCUUAUAUAAAAAUAUAUGACUUGGACGGCUAUGAAAUGGGCCCAGAAAUGGAAAUGGUCUGGCUUGAAAAUAUGAAGCCAAUUCGAGAUAAAAAAGUUAAGGCUAUAUUGGAUGGCAAAUCCAAAGCGGCUGCAUGGUUUGUAUCACGAUGUGGAAGUUCAGGGAAAAGAGAAAAGUUUGUCGAUAUGUUGAAACCAGAGUUAACAGAAUUGGAUCUAACGUUGGACGUGUACGGAAGGUGCGGUGAUUUGGAAUGCCCGAAGAAAAAUCAAAAAGCGUGUAAUGAAUUGGUUAAAAGAGACUAUUAUUUCUACUUAUCUUUUGAGAACUCUAUCGCGACGGACUAUGUGACGGAGAAACUUCUGAUUGCACUGAAUAAUUACGCCAUUCCUGUGGUUUACGGCGGUGCAAAUUAUUCUAGGUUUCUCCCUCCAGGCAGCUAUCUAAACGCGCGUGAGCUUGGCCCGGGGCAGCUAGCGAGGACCAUGAAGGAUAUAAUUGGAAACAAAACCAGAUUCCACAAUUUUUUCCGCUGGCGAAACCAUUACAGAUACGAACGAGGAGAGAGAGAUUCUGAAAUUUGUAACAUUUGUAUCGCGCUGAAUGAUAACAAACCUACUAAUUCAAAUCUUCGCGGUGGAUUCAGAAAGUGGUGGACUGGCGAAUAUAGCUACAGAUGUUUUCCAAACGAGAAUGAAGAAUGAAUAUUAGUGGUUUUCUUAAGAAAUAGGACGAUAAACGAGCAGGCACCUAUGUUCGUACACCCAAAUGAUCACCGCUGGCUAAAAACAACUGUAAUACCAGCGGAGUUGCAGCGGCAUACAAUUUCAAGAAGUCGUAGACAUGUCUUUAUUUGACAUAGAUUUCAUUGGAAAUCAAAUUAGUUUCAUAAUUCAAAAUGCAGAAAUUUGUGAAUUACUGUACCUAUUAAAAAUUACCGUGUAUAUAUUUAUUUUAUUUCAAA